CUUGAGAACCAAAACAUUAAACAAAACAAAACAAAACAAAAUCGCCACGCAUGUAAAAAUUAAAAAUUUAAAUAUAUCAUUAGAAUCAUGGUCAGUAAUCAUGUUCAGACGCUGGCGAAUUCAAUUAUUGGUACAUCAAUCUUAGCGAUGCCGUUUUGUUUCGAAAAAUGUGGCGUCAUUUUAUCCAUUGUACUGUUAAUCAUCACCACAAUCAUCACAAGAUGCUGUUGUCACUACCUCAUAAAAGCAAGUAUUGUGACGAGAAGAAGAAAAAUUGAGUUGCUUGGCUUUCACAUGUUCGGUCAGACAGGAAAGACGAUGGUGGAACUUUCAUGCAUCGGAUUCUUAAUGGGAACAUGUAUCGCAUUCCACGUAGUCAUAGGCGAUCUCAGUCCAAUUAUCGUUUCAAAAAUUUUCAAUAUCCAAAGUUAUAGUCACGACUCAGUUCGAAGAUUUCUUAUUAUCAUCAUAACAAUUUGUUGUGUUGUUCCUCUAUCGUUCCAAAAGAGCAUCGAAUCGCUCGCUUUUGUAUGUCGAGCAUCAAUAGGAUUUUAUAUUUGCCUCACACUCAAAAUUGUCUUCGAAUCAUUUGAACGCUUUGAAAGUGAUUCAAAUUGGGCAUCCAAUAUCGAUCUUUGGAAGCCUUCGGGAAUUCUUCAAUGCAUUCCAAUAUUUUCAAUGGCGAUGUCAUGUCAAAUGCAGAUUUUUGAAGUUUAUGAAACGAUGGGAUUCUCAGGAUCAAUUGAUCGAAUGAGAACGACAGUUCAUCAAGCAACAUUCAUUUGUUGCCUCGUUUAUUGCACUGUUGGAUUUUUUGGGUAUUUGGCGUUUUAUAACGAAUCAUUGCCUGGCAACAUUUUGAUGAAAUUGCAACCUUCAGUGGCUAACGACGCAAUCACCAUUGGAUUCAUUCUUUCCAUAGCUUGCAGCUUUCCUUUAGUCAUCUUUCCAUGUCGAACUGCUCUCGCUUCAUUCCUUCAUCCAAAAGGACAUCACGCAGAAAUCGCUGCUUAUGUCCCUGACUCGAAAUACAAACCCAUCACAUUAUUCAUCAUAGUUUCAACAAUGAUUGUUGGAAUUCUCAUUCCUUCAGUUGAAGUCAUCAUUUCGUUGGUUGGCUCGACCAUCGGUGUUUUUGUUUGUGUCAUUUUUCCUGCAACUUGUUUUGUGAAAAUCAUGCAAAGAGAUUCGAUGGAGAAGAAAUUUGCACAAGUGACGAUUGUCAUUGGAUUUGUUAUUAUGAUUUUAGGAACUUAUGCGAAUCUUAAUGCAAUCGACACAGCAAAAUCGGGAAGUCAUCUCGGUGAUAAACCGUCAAUAGUCGAAUCAAUUGCUGAUCAACCGAAACCAGAAUUUCUUCGAGAUGAUGAAAAGAAGACUUCUGAUGUGAAGAGCAUUGAGAAAGUAAUUCCACCGCCAGAUAUCGUUAAAAAUAAGAAAGGAAAAGAAAUCGAAAUAAAAAUUUCUGAAGAUGGAAUUAAGAAGGAAGACCAAGAAAUUGCUGUUGAAAAAACGAAAGAUCCUCAAGUUGAAAUUCGAGAGAAGAAUGAAGAAAUUGAAGUUUUGAAAGAAAGUAAAAAUCAACUCGAAAAAGAAGUUAAGGAGAUAAAAGAGGAAUUGAAGAAGCAAAACAAGGAAACUCAAGAUCUUGUCUUGCAAAAGAUUGAAGAAAUUGCUGAAAAAGUUGAGAAAAUUGAAAAGAUUUCAAUUGAAAAAGAAGGAAAUUCAGUGAAAGAACAAGAGAAGCCCACGAUUGUUGAGAAGAAAAUGGAAAAUAUAAAUUUACCUGAAAAGAAGUCAGAACAGGUUGAAGACGUUAAAGAACAACCGAAGAAAGAAGAGAAAAUUGUUGAACCAGCUCCAAAUGAUAUUAAAGAAAGAGUUGAUCCUAUUGUGAAACUUAUUCAAUCAAAAGAGCCGCUUUCUUAUCAACUUGGAGAGAAAGUUAUGGAAGCUAAGAAAAGUAAUUUGUCAAGUGCAGAAAUUUUGAAAACUUUCGAAGGGCCAAAAGAAAAAGCGAAAGAAGCAGCUGAAGCACCAAAGCAAGAUUCAGAAGAGAAGAAGAAUGAAAUGAGAAAGAAACGAGAAUCGUCUGAUUUUAAAGAAAUUUCACUCGAUCUUCUGAAUGAUGAACUGAAGUUGAAAAAUCCUGAAAUGAAAUCAAUGUUAAGUCGUGACUUGAAAGCAACUGACGAAGAUGAAGCUUAAAUUUUAUUUGUUGAACUUCAAUUCUGAACGAAACUUGUGAUACAAAAGAAAAGUUUUAAUAAAGAAUAUUUAUGAAAUCUCAAUGAUUUAAUAUCGUCGACGAUCUCUCUCGUAGCUUCUGUCACGUCGGUAUUGUCGAUCAUCAUAACGAGCUCUUUCUGGCGAUCUGCGACGUUCAGGAGAUCUUCGCUUCUCUCGUCGAUCCUCGCGAUGUUUUCUGUCUCUUUCCGAUGAACGAUCUCUUCGAUGUUUAUCUUUCGAUUUCUUGUAUUUGUCAUGGGAAUUUGAUCUACUUCGACGACGAUAACUAUCAGAUUUGUUUGCAUAUUUGAUUCGUUUGUCAUCGUCGAUGUCCAUUUUCUUCUUUGGCUCAUCAUCUUCUGAACUCAUGUCAAUGUCUUGAUCAAGAUCAUCGUCUAAUAAAGAUACUUUCGGGUCUAAAUCUCCAUUCUCUUCCAAUACAUUUCUUUUCUGUAAGCGAGGAAGAAUAACAUCGCAAACUCGCUCUUCUCGAAGUAAAUCGUCAAUAAACUCAUCCAUGUGAACGACUUCAAAUUGGCCUGCUCUGUUCUGUCGACGAAUCUUACGGUAGUCAUUGUACAGUGGCUCUAAAUAUUUGUAACAGUCAACUGCUGAUGCUGUGAGACGGAGAUAAAAAGCUCCAAGAGCUCGAACAUAUUUGAACUCCUCAUUUUUAAUGAACUCAAUGACGAUAUCUUUUUCCGGUUGAAUUUGAAGAAAUUUUAACACUAAACAAAUAAAAGGUGUCGGUUUAAUGUUGCCACCAUAAACACCACCAAUAAAUCUUAAUUCCAUUGCUUUAUCAACCAUCAAUUCAGCGGUUAAAGCGAAACAGCUUUCCUUCCAAAAUUGACUGUCAUAAAUUCUCGAUCUUAUGAUUUUCUCAAUUAAAUAUUGCGGAUUUGUUCCGUGUAUAUUUUUAGCAUCCUUUAGUGUUCGAUUUGCCAUAUUUUAUGGUUUUAUUUUGAGUACUUUAGUCACUAUUUUAUUUUUUUAAGUCAGGAAAAGUUCUGAAGUUUUAUCG